GACGCACCGUCACUUGUCACCAGUUCUGCGUCGCGACGCCUCGUGCGAAAAACUAUCCCUAAUCGCUCACGCCCCGCCAAACGGGGGGCCGAAGGUUAGCACGCAAUGAUGUCAGCACCCGCGGAAAGGAAAGUCCAAGGCCAAGGGUGCUUUAGGGCUGAACCGGCGAUGAGAAACGGGAUCGUAGGGUGACACGUCAAGGCUAAAAAUACAGGAUUCGGCCAGCUGGCAGCAGCUAAUAUUUAUAUAAAGCGAGAACAGUCAGACGAAAAUAGAUUGGCGGUGAGUUGGGAUGCUCUAGAUGAUGAUGCCAUUAAAGCUUCCACUGAUAUAACCUGUAUUAAACGAGGAAGUAUAUCAUUUUAUGUGUAAGCGAUAUGGCGCUCGUCAUGCUACCCAGUGACCUUCCAUGGUGGGAUUCGGUAAAGAAACAACUGAAAAAAAUAGCUAAUACCAAGAACACGACGGAACUAACAGAAGGAAUGCAGAAAAUCUACGAGAUGUGCAAUAUUAGCCUGGAUCCGGAUGAGGAAGAGGUAGAUCCUCAACAGUUUGUAGGAUUGCAAAACUUUUUGGACAAUGAUUUGAACAUGGAAGAAAGAGAUACUUUCUUGAAACGAACACUGCCAGCUAUAGUAAAACGAGCUUUAAAAAUCAAGGAUUUGAAACCCAAAGGAGGUUUGCGAUUUAGUUUACAGCAGCAACCUGACACUACAGAACUGCAAUACUCCUUCAUAUCCUCACUGAUAGCCAAUGCAUUCUUUUCAACGUUUGCAUUAAGAACUGAAAAAACUCAUCCCACCCUUCAGAACUUCAACUUUGCCAAUUUUUUCAAAACUUUGAACAGCCACGUACAGAAAUCCAAACUGAAGAGUAUUCUGUACUACUUCGAAUGGCUGGAAAAUAAUGAGAAUGUUCAAGGGUCAUUAAGGAUACAUAGACAGGUGAUGCACAGUAAGGAAUGGUUGACGAUAGAAGACUGGCUGGAAUGUAGUCUACCUCUUUGUCCCCUGAGGAUAAAACAUGAUACAAAAUUGGAAAGAUGCCAAGAAGAAUCUUUACGUAUUUGCUUUUGCAGCGCAAAAAUUGGAGGGAAUGUGCUGAAAAGCGGAUGUACUCAGGAAUGUAUAAACUUAGUAACGAUGCCAGAACUGUUGACUGUACUAUUGAACGUAGAAACUCUAGAAGAUAAUGAAGUACUAACUAUUGAGAAGGUGAGGCAUAUAUCUAGAAUAUUAGAUCCCAAACAUCGAGCUACCUUGGAGAAAAUGGAAACAUCAAAAGAGGUGACAGUCUGCUGCAUCGACGCGGAUGACUACACCAAACUACCAGUUGGACAAUACGAGGAAGACAAUAUUCUUAGAGAACUGAACAAGUGUCUUUUAGGAUUCCAACAGAAACAAACCAAGACUGAAGUUGAUAGCCAAACUGUUAGUUCGACAUACAAUUUAAGGAGAAGAUUGUCGCCCAUUGGAGAAUCGAUGAGUUCUACGUCUUCCGAACAGAAAAAGUUCCCAGUGAUCACGCAAACAUCCGCCAGCACCAAUCAAAGCGACUCAGAUUCUCCAAUCAGUGAAAAUAACAAUACCGUCUCGACUAAUAAGCUGCGAGUUAUGCAGCUGGAGAUGGAAAACGCUCUACCUCUGAAGAAGAGCCAAAUCGAAGCUUUCGUGCACAAUCGCAGAGGAAGGUUCAUCGUUCUCGGCUCUUCCGGGGAAUGUCUUCCUGUCAACAGGUUUCCCCUGGAUGACCAGAAAUCGGAUAAGAGUAAUUAUUCCAGUUGCGAGUCUUCGUCAGAAAGCGAAUUCCAUAGUGCCGAAGAUAGCUCACAAGAAACACAAGGUAGUGAAGAAGAGCGGAACUACCAUAAACGAUACAGCAUAGAACUGGAAACGGACGAAACACGUAACAACUUUGCUCAAAGACUUAAAGAAGCGCUAAAAAAGGAAAUGUCAUCUAGUACAGAAGCCAGCACCAGUAUAGACGAGAGUUAUGCAGUCGGUAUCACUGUUGCCGGCUCUGAGUUACAAGAUCGCAAUAUCAGAUUAAAACGAGGAGAUUCCACAGGUUUCGCAUUGAAAGAAGAUUCGUUAGAUGAAGACUUCAUAGCAAAUUCCUUAGAUCAGGGAAGGCAGUGGGUAGACAAGUUCAAGGACAAACAAUCUGCUUUAACUAAGAAAGAUUCUAACAAGUCAUCUGAUUAUAGUUUCAGUACAGACUACAGCUCUGAACUGGAAGAAGCAUACGAUCAGUUCACCAAAUGGUUGGAGAAUCCUCUGUUGGAGACUGAAAAAGGCACAAAAAGAGAAUUGGAUGCCAGAGAAUUGGCCGUUUUGAAAUUUGCAGGAUCCCUGUUGAAACGGACCCUGAGUGAAUCAUUUGCUGGAGUACCCGUACCUAUGGCAGAAGGUUGUGUUACGAAUACAGGAUGUACUGAAGAUUUCAGUACACGUAAAAAUAAAUUGGUAUUGAAUGCCAAGUCAUUGAGCCUGGAGCUUGCGAGACAAAAACACAGACUUGCUUCUCAACUGUUGUCUCAAAUAGCGCAAUGCCCAAAAGAUGGUCCAAAACCGGUUUCAACAGGCAACUGGGGUUGUGGAUCUUCAAGAAAAGGUGACGUUCAACUGAAGGCGAUGGUCCAGUGGUUGGCUGCUAGUGUUGCCGGGAUUCCUUAUCUGUCUUACUGUACUUAUGGACACCAACAACUUGUCAAACUUGACACGGUCCGGAGAAUACUAGUCGAUAGAAAAUGGACGGUCAAAGACCUAGCCGAAGCGAUUUUACGUUACUCUAAAAACGUUCUGCAUGGAAGAGAACUGAGUGGUACGCUGUUUGAAGAUUUGAUAGGGGCGAAUAGUGACAGGACUGCAUAGUUUUUAUAACUCUUCUUUCCACUUGAUAUACUGAAAAAAUGUUAAUGCAUGUUUCUUCCUCAAUAAGCAAGUUAUUCCCGGCGUGGUAAAAUGAAACUUCGCGUGACUUUCAACGAUCAGUGUACUGUCUCACUGGCGAAAUGCUGUAUCACGCACUUUUGAUUUGUCAUCUCUGUACAUACCUCCUUUUGACAUAGCUUAGAUAACAAUCAGCUAUGAAACUCUCCUGCCACUGUCAAAAACGGCCGUCAUUUUGGCGGGAAAGUCGGAUGUAAAUUCCCCCAGUACGAUGAAAGGUUUUAGUGCUCAGCAGCAGCCGGUGUUGCCACGUAUCAUUCCAGCGGUCGCAGAUAUUAUUUGCAAUCGUAAAAAAUAUACUACUCCGAUAAGAUCUGGUGCAGUUUGUGUGAACAAAUAAUAAAAAGUAAUAUGAUUUUCCAAAAUAAGCUACGAAGUAUUGAUGACUAUUUAUUUAUGAAAAAGUCUUAAAAGAAAUUCUUAUUGGUGGAAGUAUUUACAAUAAACAGAAAAAUAUCUUGUCAUCCAUUCUUUGCUGCUGCGAUAUUCUCAAUUCAUUCCAUUUUCCAUAUAAACACUGUUAAAACACCGCAAUCAAAUCUGAUACUUCCGAUCACUCCUCAGCCUGGGUUACAUACACGGCGCGUUUUUAAUGUGGGUAGUUUCGAUAUUUUAAAUACCUACAAAAGUUCGUUAUAAAAAUUGUAGGCAACUAUACGGUCCUUACUUGUAAAAUAUGCCACCCUCCACAAGGUGAUUCAUCAUUACAUAACAAGACAUACAUUUUUUAAAUAAUUUUGUUUAAAAUGAGCAAAGAAUAUGAAAAUAUUCGUGCAAAAUGGUUUAAUUUUACUGAUGAACAAUAUUUAUAUAUAUAUAUAUAUAUAUUUAUUAAAUCUGAAUUAUUCCAAAAUAUCGAAAAAUAUAAAUUACUUCUAUUGAGUUUCCCAUAAUCUUAGUAUGUAUUCCAAAAAAACUGUGUAUAAUACUAUAAUUCUUCCCCAUUUUUUAUAUUGUUCAAUCGUCUUGUUUACAGCAAAUGAAAACAUUAUUAUAAAUUCUACAAAAUAAUGCUACGAGAAUCAUUUUAAAUAAAAACAAAUAUGCUAGGAUUAAGUCUAUGUUAGAAGAACUGCAGUGGUUGGAUGUGAAAAAUUUCAUAUAUUAUUUAGUUCUCGUUUUCAUAUUCAAAUUAAAAAAUCAUUUAUUAGAACCACAUUUAGAGAACUUCAAAAAAUUAAAUAGUCAUUAUCAUAACUACGAAACUAGAGACAGUAUAGAUUUUCAUCUGCAAAAUUGUAAUAGUAGCAUAACUAGUAAAUCUAUAUUUCAAAAGGGAGUAUUUGAGUUUAAUAAAUUGAAUAAUAUUAAACGGAGUUCGAAUUUAAAAAUGUUUAAGGUGAAAUUAAAAAAUCACUUUAUGAAUAAUCAAAAUACAUAGUGACGUAAUUUUAAUUUUAAUAGACAAGAAUGUAAAAUUACAGAAAAUGGAUUGAAGAAGAAUAUGUAACCGAAUCAUUAUACAAAAUUGAGAUUGUAGCAUUAAUGCUAAAUAAGUAUUCAACAACAACAGCUACAACAACAUAACAUUGAAAAUGCAAUGGAUUGAUUAUAUCGCAGCAGCUUAGAAUACAUAGCAAAAGUAAAUAUGUUUCCGAUUAUUGUAAAUACGUCCACCAUUACAAAUUUAUGUUAAAGCUUUUUUAUAAAUAACUAGUCUUCCGUCGCUUCUUUUUGAACAAAUAUACUCCUUUUUAUUAUUGAUUCACGCAAACUAUACUAGAUCAUAUCAAGGUAUUAUCAUUUUACGAUUGCUGAGAAGAUCUGUGGCCGCUGACAUAAUACGUGGCGACAUCGGCUGUUGCUGAGCACUAAAACCUCUUUCAUCAUAGUACUGGGCGAAUUUACAUUCAUUUUCUCCGCCGAAAUGGCAGCCGUUUUUGACACUGGCAGGAGAGUUUCAGUUGUUAUCUAAGCUCUGCUUUUGAUCAGUCACUAGUUGAUCAUUUAUGACAUUGUAUGAUUUGAGACGAGAUACCUCCGUUCAUUUCAAGAAAAUAUGUGUGACGUCACUCACGGUGUCACCGAUAACUUUUUUGUAUGAACGAAUUAUAAAAUGACAAGAACAAAUAAUAUAUACGAGGGGGUACCCAAAAAAACCAGGAUUAUUUUUUAAAAGCUAUUUAUUUUCAACUUUUUCACAAAUUAACCUAUCUCCUACAAAAUACUGUCCACUACAACUACACUUGUUCCACCGGUUCUUCCAGUGCUCGAAACAAUUUUUUUAAAUCUUCCUUAGGAACGUCUGACAGCUCCUCUCUCGUUUUUUCCUUGACCUCUUCAAUGUCUUCAAAGCGGCGUCCUUUCAUGCCCCUUUUCAUCCGUGGAAAUAAGAAAAAGUCGCACGGAGCCAGGUCAGACAAAUAAGAUGCGUGAGGCAGCGGAACCAUGCCAUUUUUAGCCAAAAACUGUCGAACACAGAUGGCUGUGUGCGCAGUUGCAUUAUCGUGGUGGAAGAACCAGUCCUCUGACUGCCACAAAUCGGGUCUUUUUUGCCGAACACUGUUUCGCAAUCGUCUUAAACCCUCCAAAUAAAAGGUCUGAUUGACAGUGUUACCAGGGGGAACAAACUCGGAAUGGACUACGCCUUUGACAUCCAAAAAACAAAUCAGCAUUGUUUUGAUGUUUGAUUUGACUUAACGACAUUUUUUUGGACGGGCUGACGAUGGCGUCUUCCAUUGACUUGACUGUUGCUUCGUUUCUGGGUCAUAACCGUAGCACCAAGUCUCAACACCAGUGAUGAUCUUUGUCAGAAAAUUUGAAUCACAUUCAAGAUGUUGUUUCAAAGCACAUGUUUCAACUCGGUGUUCUUUUUGAUUGUCAGUCAGAGCCCGAGGAACAAACUUGGCAGCAAAUCUUUUCAUUCCCAAAUCUGCAAGCACAAGCUCUCGAAUUUUUUCAACAUUUUCGUCGAUUCGAGCAGUCCUGAGCGAGAUUUGUCAUCAAUCGUAUGUCGCCAUUUUUAAAUCGAGCAAACCACUCGUACAUCUAAGUUUUUCUAAUAGCAUCAACUUUGUAAGCUAUUUUCAACAUUAAAAGUUUCAGCAGCAUUUUUACCAAUUAGAAAGCAAAAUUUCACAGCUGCACGUUGGUCACUGAAGCUUGCCAUCGUAAAAAACGAAACAAGCACGAAACAACUCUAGCAAAAAUAAUGACUAAAGAGGUACGGAACAAGCCAGAUCGACAACUCAGGUGGCACUGAACUAGUAAUUAGUUGCGCUGUACGCCUCUAGGGGCAGAAAUGUGUACUACACAAGCUCCGUCCACUGCAACGCUAUUCCGGUUAUUUUUGGGUACCUCCUCGUAUAUAUAUACAUCUGAGUAUAAAAACAUAGUUUCCAACUCAAUAAGCACAUUUAUAAACCUGUGUGUACCAUAUAUUUGUAUAUUUUUGAUGAUAAAAUAUAAAAUUCAUAAACGAUUAUAAUACAGGUAUUAGGUGAGCCGCCAUCAGUACUUGUUGCAAGUUAUAUUUACAAACUAGGCCUGUAUUAAAUAUUAUAUUUUUAAUUACCUCAAAUAAUUUUUUAUUUAGUGAAUCUUUAGGAUCAGCAUGUGUGCCAAUAUGGAUGUUACUUCAGUCUCUUGAGGGAAAUUUUACUUUUGUUUUAUAUAACAUCAUUUUAUGGAGAACUGACUGUAUCAACUUGAUGAUAAAUGUUGUAAAGUUGCACCGUCAAUUUAAAGUCUUUCCAAUUUAUAUCAAAAAUAUUUUAUAGCAAGUCUUAC